AUGAACGAGUUGCAAGCCAAGCUGCUGAAGCGGCGUAGUGUGGUGGAGGAACGUGGCGCAAACUAUGAGAGUGUGCCGACAACUCGCAAAGAAGAGGAGGCUCUGACGCAGGCAACGACAGUGAGCACUGCGGCAACGCCUCUCAAAACAUGUGGAGCGGUCUUCAAGCGAACGCCAAGUCCUAGCAGUGGUGACUUCCAGGCGGCUAUUGAUCGUCGGAGGGCCACCGUCGACGGUGAUGGCCAGACCUUUGAGAGCACGCCCACCACAAAGACUGCGGACGUGACAAACUCGUCAUCGACGCCUACCGUCACCAGCCCAGCAGGUAUUAGGCCUUGCCACGGCACGGUGGAUUUCAAGACACGAAUUGAUCAGCAACGUGCGAGUGUGGAUGGCGGCGCACAAACUUUUGAGAGCCGACCAACCCAGCACUGUGCUGACGCCGGAAUGGCGGUGCCCAUUGCUGGCCGCAGCUCUUCGGGCCAGGUCUUUGAGAGCACGCCAGAGCAGACGACAGCCGACUGCGUUUCGAGUAUUCGGAGUACCAUGCAGCUACCGGCAGCACCGGAGUUGCAGCUGCCAGAAUCUCCUGUCGUGGAGCAGGAGCUGCAGGAGGUGCAGGAGGUGCAGGAGGUGCAAGAGGCGCAGGAGGUGCAAGAGGCGCAGGAGGUGCAGGAGGAGGAACUGGAGGAACUGGAGGAACUGGAGGAGGCCGGUGAGGACGAGGAUGGCGAUGUCUCCGAUGGCUCUCCAAUUCACGCGGUCUUGUGGCUGGUGGGUCUGGUCCACCCGUUGCAAGACAAGUUCGAGAGUGACCAGUUUGCCAUAGCCGGCUGCAGUCCGGCAGAGGUCCGCCUGUGCCUCCGUGCCGAUGGCCAUAGGUGUCGCCUCGAGCUGGAAGGGUUCACUCCCCAGAACGCUUACGGGGAGCGAGUGGUCUUGGAUUCCAUGUGCAGUUUCCUGCUGAAUCGAUUCUUCUGCAGGCCUGAAGAUGCCUCUGGCUCUUAUGAGGCGCGGGUGUAUGAUGGAAUGUAUGCGGCGAAGUAUGGUCAUGAGUUCGUGCAUCGUAGCUUUCCUGAGCAGGUUCGUACUGUAGCUUCCUGA